AUGGAAGCAGUUGUCACCGAAUCAGCAUUCAAAGCGGAUGUCGUCAACAACUGGAUCCGGGCAGAAUUGGCAUCAUCUACCGGCACGGAAGAUCAUGUUUCUGUUUGGUCUCGGCAGCGAAAGGAACAUACCACUAUUUGUAUUGAAGAUGAAUACUACAGAUCAAGCCUAGCUGAACGACACGCCUAUGGAGACGAACGGGUCCGAGGUCGACAACGUUUGCUUGAUAGCUUUUCAACUAUCCAAGCCGAUGACAAUCAUGCAGCGUGCAUGGUGGUGACUUCGACGCAUAUCAUCGUGAAGCGAAACGGACAUGUUUGA